CUCUCUUCCUCCUUUCCCCGCUUGCAUUCGGAUCCGUUGUCGCGAAGGUGGUGUUUCCGGCGGGCUACGUUGAGAGUGACACAACGACAGGCGAAAGCUCGCCCGCGCUUUUCAGGCUUCUGUGUUUUCUUCGGGAGGUUCUCUGUUUUCGAACGAGGUUGCUCCGUUAGUGUUAUCCAGCGGCGGCGAUCCUUCCCUGAAUGUGAAAAUGCCAGACAGAGGAAGAGAAUGAGAGAGAAACAUCAAUUGGUUGCUUGCCAUACAAACAUUCCACCUGCAACCUAGUGUUAAAAGAUCACUGAAAUUGGAUGACCCUUUGGAAGUAAAUAUUCCACUUAUAAGUGAAAUAAUUCUGGCUCUGUCUGUCUUCACUCAGCACAAUACCUUCUAGGUCUAUGCAUGUUGUUUGCAGAUGUCAUUUGGCCCUUCAAAAAUCACAAGGAAGAAAAGUGUUACAGAUUAUUCUCCAACAACUGGAACUUGUCAGUUGAGCCCAUUUGCUUCUCCCACAAGGUCUAAAGAACAAGAGCACAAAAAUGGACCAUCAAAUGGAAGGAGAAAAAAAUCGAAUCAUCUCAGUUUAACCAAGAGAAAGAAAUCUACAACAAAAGACGAUGAAUUAAUGGCAUUGCUAUCUAAAGUUGAGAAAUCAUCAGAAGAAAUUGUGGAAAUAAUGCAAGGUUUAAGUAGUAUACAGGCUUUAGAGGGCAAUAGAAAGCUGGAAAAUCUCAUUGGUAUCUCCUGUGGAUCAUGUUUCUUAAAAAGAGAAAUGCAGAAAACAAAAGAACUGAUGACAAAAGUAACAAAACAAAAACUGUUUGAGAAGAAGAGCUCAGAACUUUCUAACAAAGAGUUACAUCAUCUUGACAGCUAUGAAUUCCUUAAAGCCAUUUUAAACUGAGGCAUUCAGAAGAAAUGCACUCACUAUGAACACCGACUUCUGCAUCUGCCUGAUCAUAUUUAAAGGAACAGAAGAAAUGUUUGUAAUUAAUCUGCCCAGUAAAUACCAGAUCAUAGCACUAGGCAGGUGCAUGUCUAGAUAAAAUUUCUUGCAGCUAAUUUAAACUUUCUACACACACCAGUAGAUAAUCUCAAUGUAAAUAAUACAUUUCUUCUUGACCCUUUAAUGAGUAAGGUAACAUGUAGACAAGGAUUUUGCCUUAUAUUCUUUAUCAUGUAUGCUUCUGUAUACUUUUAGCAUUUAUGAAUAGAUUUAAUAAAGCAUUUAUGAAAAUGA